GAUUCAGAAUCACUUGCACAUUGCUGGUAAACGGUCGUAUCAAGCUAAAUAAGUUAUAACAAUUCAAAAAUGAGUUCAAAAAAUAAUGGCACUCCACCAGGAGAUUCAGCAGCUAAGGGAGCGGUUCCCAAGAUCCCCGAGGAGCCCUCCAUAUCUACUGACCACCCGGUGGCCACAUCUACGCCAACUUAUAUGGCACGCAACCGCCAAAGGCUUUUAUCGCUCCAGAUGGAUUCUGAAGCAUUCACAUCGGGGAAUUCGUCAUUGGUGUAUCGAGUUCCACCAACAUACGGGCAUAUUCGAGGCCGAAAGGGCAUUCAUGAUCCGAGUACUCCAAUUACUCCUAAACUCCCAAGGACUAGAGCCCGGAAUUUACCGAAUACUCCAGUGCGUGUUACCCCAAGUAGAAAUACCCCAUUUAACACCCCUCGGAAUUCUGGUAAGCCAAAGACCCCGGCUCAAAAGAAGACUACAAAGAAAACUCCAGCGAAAACUCCAAAAAUUACGCCAAAAACGAAGUUGCAAAAUCCAUUAAAAUCCUCACCGAUAGUGAAGCCGAAAACGCCAACAGUGGAAUCGCCAAUUGCAUCAACCGAGUUACCCAUUUUACUACCAACAGAAUCCCAAAUGACGUCCCCAUCGAAAUCUCCGAAAAUGUUAUCAAUUGAAGCACCAGUUAUGUUAUUAAUGAAUUCGCCGAAGCAGUCGGUUAAGUCCGCACUUAAGCGAGCUUGGACUCGUGAAGAAAAUUCUCCUAGAACCCAUUUCUCUGAAGAGGUAUCCAAUAAGAAAAAUGCCGAUGCUGAAGAUAUAUCGGAACCGCCUCCAAAACAGGCUCGUCUACAUAUCCUGCAAGUCAAUUUGGGAUCUCCAUUCUCGAUGACGCGCAGCAAGAAAAUUAAGUCAAUAGCAGUAGAACUCAAUGAUGAAGUCUCUUGAAACCGCCGAAUUUUCUAGAACAGAGAAAGAAAAAUUGAACAACGAAUGCUUUAUUUUGUAAGGUCAUCAAAGCUUUGCUAAAUAAAUGCAUGAUUUACUAGG